AAUAAUUGUAAAAUGUUUAGCACAGUAUAAAUGUUAGGGUUUUUUUUAUCAUGAUCAUGAUCUUCCAUUUUUUGUAAUCAUCAUUCUUAUUAUCAUUACAUAGCUCAUGAAGCCACCCAGAGUGCAAGGAUCUCCUGUCUCCUUCUGAAAACUCUCCAACUAUGAUUAAUGAGACACAGACAUUUCAGUUCAUCCUUCAGGGAUUUUCUGAACACCCAGAACUCCGAAUCCUCUUGUUUAUCUGUUUUUUCUUUUUAUAUAUGGUGGCACUUGCUGGUAAUGUCCUGAUCAUCACAGCCAUUGUAUUCAACUCGAGCCUCCACAGUCCCAUGUAUUUUUUCCUAUUUAAUUUGGCUACAAUGGAUAUCAUCUGUACCUCCUCCAUUCUGCCCAAAGUGCUAGAGGGACUGGUCUCUGAGGAGAAUGCCAUCUCUUUUGGGGGUUGCAUGGCCCAGCUCUACUUUCUCACUUGGUCUGCAUCAUCUGAGUUGCUUCUGCUCACUGUCAUGGGUUAUGACCGGUAUGUGGCCAUCUGCCACCCUUUACAUUAUAACACCAUGAUGAGCAAGACACUCUGUAGUGUGUUGGCAUCUGGAGUGUGGGGUCUCUGUGCCUUUAAUACUGCAAUACACACAGGUUUGAUGAUUCGAUUGGAUUUUUGUGGGCCCAAUGUUGUUACUCAUUUCUUUUGUGAGGUUCCUCCCCUGCUGCUGCUCUCUUGCAGUCCUACCUAUGUGAAUACCAUAAUGAUAGUCCUGGCGGACGCCUUUUAUGGAAUAUUGAACUUUGCAAUGACAUUGGUUUCCUAUAGUUUAAUCAUCUCCAGCAUUCUGAAAAUAAGGACCACGGAAGGAAAGAAGAAAGCCUUCUCCACCUGUUCAUCCCAUCUUAUUGUGGUAUCUAUGUAUUACACUGCUGUGUUCUAUGCCUACAUAAGCCCAGUCUCAAGCUACAGUCCAGAAAAGAGUAAACUGGCUGGUGUCCUUUACACCAUGUUGAGCCCCACCUUGAAUCCUCUGAUCUAUACUCUGAGAAACAAGGAAGUCAAACAGGCCCUCAGAAAAAUCCUCCCUUUCACCAAAAAGUAAAGGAUGUCAUAAGAAAUGCAAAAAGGAUGGUUUCAGAGAAACUUGGGAAAGGCUGGCACCAACUGAUGCAAAGUGAAGUAAAUAGAACCAGAAUACUUUGUAUAAUAACAGCAUUGUAAGGACAGAUAACUUUAACUGAUUUAAGAAUUCUGACCAAUGCCAGG